UGUUGGAAGCAGCCGCAGCAACGCCAUGUUGAGCGAAGUCUCCAUCAGAAAUUCUACAUAAUGAGGAAUUCUUACAAUGCGACUCGCUGAGGUGAUGUUAUUAAGCGAAGAAGAGGGAACAACGGUCAACUGAGGAGGAGAAGUAAAGCGUAAGAAGAAUUCAACCAGGGUGGCAGGAGGGGGACACAAACGCCCCUACUGUCCCCAUGCACAGGGCACCUACGUCCCCCGACUUCAGUGAUAAAAUGACAUUGUUUUGUACUAACAGCCAGAUCUGAUUAAUCAAAUCCAUGGCAUAAGGUUUUAUAUACACGUUCCGGCCUCCGUAGAGAGAAGAAACGGCCAGUUAUCUUUGGAACGCGCGACCGUUUGCAGCUGCGUAUUGUUUGUUUUUGUUUGAAUACCUGCAAUGAAUUUGCCACAGAAAGUCGCCCCGAAACCGAGUGGACCUGUAACCGGACCGGCACCGCCAACGCAGCUCCGCGCAGCGCUGACCUCCGUGUCGUUACCACCGGGAGCUCAGAGCGCUGCUCCGCCGCCAGCCGUGCCGCCUACCCAGAUCCCUGGAGGGCUGCUGUCACUGGAGGAACGCAUGUUUCCUGCCCACUCUGGGGUGACUGCAGUCUACAGUGUAUCCAGACACCCCGGCUCUCCUUACAACCUCAGCAAAACCCACCCAAACCUGGCGGGCACCCCUCCUGGCCACGGCACGUCCCCAGCCCUCUCUCAGGUAUCUGUCUCUGCUGCCCCAUCGUACCGCUUCCUCAAGGGCUGGGAGACAGGUGGAGGGCCUCCAUAUAACCCAGCUCCGAAUGCAGGCUCCACCUCACUGGUGUUCUCGCCACAGACGCAGCCAAUGAACGUACAGCCACAGACUCGGCCGUUUGUGACGGGGCCUCGGCCGACCCACCAUCAGUUCCUCCACCGUACUCCGAUGCAAGCAGCACGGCCAACCCUCCCUUCCAACAACCCCUCCAUUCGACCGAGCUCGCAGAACCCCACGGCUGCAAUUUACCCCCCAAACCAGCAUAUCAUGAUGGCCAUGACGCCCAUGCACUUCCCCCCCCAGACACCCCAAUACUACAUUUCCCAGUUUCGUCAUAGUGCACCUUACAUGGGACCCCCCCAGCAGUAUGCUGUCCAGCCACCAGGGUCUGGAACAUUCUACCCAGGACCCGGCCCUGGGGAAUACCCCACUCCUUAUGCUACUGGGCCGCCAUAUUACACUGGCCAGACAGUCUACCCCCCAUCCCCACCCAUCAUAGUGCCUACACAACUGCCUCCUCCACAAGCCAAGCGUGAAAAGAAACCAAUCCGGAUCCGAGACCCAAACCAGGGUGGAAAGGACAUUACAGAAGAGAUCAUGUUUGGAAGCCGGAAUCUUACUCCUCCUGGCGGGCACCCCACCUUCACCUUAACCCAAACUGCAGGCCGCCCCUCCUCGACACCAUCCUCGCCCACAGGACACCUAUCCUCCACUCCCACCCCUCCACAGACAAGCAAUGGUCAGACACCAGAAAAAACAGCAUAUGUCAACCCACCUCAAAGACUCAGCUCCGUACCCAUGGAAGAUGACAGGCCAAAUAAGGAGCCCAUAAGGUCUGAAUCUCCUGGACCCAGGUCUUCAGAGUCCUCUGUAGAGGAAAGAGAAGUCUCAAGUCUUCCAUUAUUAAACACUUCUUCUCCUGAGUUGGCCCCAAAUCCCUCAAAUGUUCCUUCCCAUUCUUCAAGUGGCUGCAUUAAACCAACUGCUGCAGGAGAAUCUGAAUGUUUUUCUCCUAAAACCUCCACAGCUCUGACACAUCAGGUCAUCUCCGGUGAAGACUCUUUCCCAGAAAUGUCUAAUAUUUCUACUUUGCCCUUACGAUCCCUCAAUGGUCUUGCCGAGUCUCAAACGGCCUUAUCAAGCUAUGAAGAACCUGAGGAUGCUGAGGAAACUCAGGGUGCCUCAUCCAUGGAGGAGUCCAGUCAAGACGUUUCAGUGGCCUUGGAGGAGCUCCAGACAGAGCACCUCACUUCCCUAGCUGCACCUGUACCCUCGAUCACUACCGCGCAGGCUUCUUCAAGUACCUCCAGCACCUCUUCUGUUCUUGCGCCACUACCUGGUUUGGCACCACUAACACAGUCUGCAACCACCGAGGCACCAGAGCAGAACAAGACCUCAGAGAAUGUCCAAAAGAAGGACACAUUCGAAUCACAGACACAGAACAACUCUAGAAAGCUCUUUCCCACAGCCCUAGCUGUUGUGCCAAAGUCUUGGAAGAAACCAAAUGAAGAUAGUAUGAUUGUGGAAACACUACAGAAUGAGGAGGAGGUCUCUAAGGACAACAUUGCAGGAGAUGAGAUGGUUUCACAGCCAACUUUAGAUGCCUACAAUAGUCCUUUUCCAAAGCUUGAACACCAGGAGAAGCUCUCAGAGGAGACCGGUGAGACUGAGACAGAGUCCUUGAGGAACGGGGUUGAGACGGAGAGCACAGACAGCGGUGUUAUGCUCGGGGACAGCAGGGGGUCCAUGUGUUCCCCCACUCCACUCAUGCAAGAAGGUCUUGUUCAAUCUAAUGGCAAGAAGCAAUAUGACCGGGACUUUCUGUUGAGCUUUCAGUUCAUGCCCGCCUGCGUGCAGAAGCCAGAGGGACUGCCUCAAAUCAGUGAUGUGGUGCUAGACAAGAUGAAUCAGAACAAGCUGCCCUCGAGAUCAGUAGAUCCCAGGCUGAUUUCCAGGGGUCCCGAUUUCACUCCCGCUUUUGCUGACUUCAGCAGGCAGAUAUCAGGAGGACGUGGAGCUCCACUUUUAAAUGUGCGGCGGCUCCCACCUCGCAAGAUCAUAGUAAACGUUUCCGUUAAUGAUGAAAUCCAGCUCAAGAAGGCAGAGAACGCUUGGAAACCUGGGAUGAAGAAAGAAGGCCUCACGGAAGACACAGAGGCCCUAAAAUCUCAGGAGUUGUUCCGCAAAGUUCGUAGCAUUUUGAACAAGCUCACACCCCAGAUGUUCCAUCAGCUGAUGAAGCAGGUUACGGAUCUCACGAUCAACACAGAGGAGAGGCUCAAAGGAGUCAUCGACCUUGUGUUUGAGAAGGCCAUCGAUGAGCCCAGCUUCUCUGUGGCUUACGCCAACAUGUGUCGCUGCCUGGCCACGUUAAAGGUGCCCACAACAGACAAACCCAAUACAACGGUAAACUUCCGGAAGCUGCUACUGAACCGGUGUCAAAAGGAAUUUGAGAGGGACAAAGUGGAUGAUGUUGUAUUGGAGAGGAAACAACAGGAGCUGGACUCUGCCACAUCACCCACAGAAAGGGAAAGACUUCAAGAGGAGUUGGAAGAGACGAAGGACAAGGCCCGCCGUCGCUCCACAGGAAAUAUCAAAUUCAUCGGCGAGCUGUUCAAGCUCAAAAUGUUGACGGAGCCCAUCAUGCAUGACUGUGUGGUCAAGCUGCUAAAAAACCAUGACGAUGAGAGCUUGGAAUGUCUAUGCAGACUCCUCACCACCAUCGGUAAAGACCUCGACUUUGAGAAAGCUAAGCCCCGUAUGGAUCAGUACUUCAACCAGAUGGAGAAAAUUGUGAAAGAGCGCAAGACAUCAUCAAGGAUACGGUUCAUGCUACAAGAUGUGAUAGAUCUGAGACUGCAUAACUGGGUGUCCCGGAGGGCAGAUCAGGGCCCCAAGACAAUAGAACAAAUCCAUAAAGAGGCCAAGCUUGAGGAACAGGAAGAGCAGAGAAAGGUUCACCAGCAGCUUCUGUCCAAGGACAUCAAGAGAAGGCCAGAUCAAAGAGAUCAGCGCUCACAGAAGGACGAGAUGUGGAACACGGUGCCCACCACUAAAAACAGCAGAACUAUCGAUCCCACGAAAAUCCCCAAGAUCUCUAAGCCUCAAAUCGAUGAAAAGAUUCAGUUGGGUCCACUGGCUCAGAUCAACUGGGUAAAGGGCAGCAGUGGUGGAGCCAAAGCCAGUGACUCUGAGUUGAUACGCUCUGCUGGUGGCACCCUGAACCGUUACUCAGCACUGCAGUCAUCCACAGCUCAGCCCAGCCCACCUACAGUCCAGAACUCCGAUUCUGAUUCCAGACACUCACUUGGAUGUCGAGGCAGCAUCGAUCGGGAGCGCAGUGACAAACCUGUGAGUUUGGGGCAGUCUCGACUUGGGCUCUUAAGCAGAGGUAGUAGCAAUAAGGAGUGUACAGACAGCAUGGCUCCUGAGGAAUCACGCAGAGAGGGUCCGGACUCGCAAGCCUUUCUUCGCAAAGCCAACAUCUCGGAGGACAAGAGUGAGGCAGAGAACAGCGGAGCCACUGAGACAACAGUGAAAUCAGAGCCGCUGGUCACUGAUGUUUCAGAGAUGCAUGUCCUGACAGAGGAGGACAUUGAGAGGAAAUCCAAGUCCAUCAUCGAUGAGUUUCUGCAUAUCAACGACUACAAGGAGGCAGUGCAGUGCGUAGAGGAGAUUGAGCAGCCCUCUUUGCUGUGUGUGUUUGUGCGUAUGGGCCUGGAAUGCACACUAGAGCGCAGUCAGCUUGCCAGAGAACACAUGGGACUGCUCUUCUAUCAACUUAUUCAGAAGGGCAUCCUACCACAUUCUCAACUCUACAAAGGGUUUUCAGAGAUGCUGGAGCAGGCUGAUGAUAUGGCCAUAGAUAUUCCUUUCAUUUGGCUUUACCUGGCUGAGCUGAUCAGUCCACUGCUGAGAGAUGGAGGAAUCGCCAUGAGAGCGCUGUUCAGUGAUUUAAGUAAACCACUACUCCCUGUGGGAAGAGCUGCCAUCUUAUUUUCUGAAAUACUGCGCCUACUAUGCAAACAAAUGAGCCAUAGGAAAGUUGGAGACUUGUGGAGAGAGUCGGGGCUGAACUGGGGCGACUUCCUGCCGGAGGGAGAGGAUCUUAAUGACUUCAUCUCACAACAGAAAUUACAGUUCACCAUGUCAGACUGCUGCUCUAUCUCCACGGCCCCAGAUAAACCCAACCUCACUCUUGAGGAACUCUUCCAACAACUGGAACACCUUCUACUUGAAGACAUGGCCAGUGAUGAGCAGAUCUUUGACUGGGUCGAGGCUAAUUUAGACGAAUCUCAGAUGAGUUCCUCUUCAUUUUUGAGAGCUUUAAUGACAGCUGUAUGUAAGGCAGCAGUUAAAGAUGAAAACACUUCCUGUCGAGUGGACACUGCUAUUAUCCAGAGACGCCUGCCUAUAUUACAUAAAUAUCUUAACUCAGAUAGUGAGCGACAGCUACAAGCACUAUAUGCUCUCCAGGCUUUGAUCGUCACCCUGAAUCAACCACCUAAUCUACUCCGAAUGUUCUUCGACUGUCUUUACGAUGAGGACGUUAUUUCGGAGGAGGCUUUCUACAAAUGGGAAACAAGUAAAGACCCUGGGGAACAGCAGGGCAAAGGUGUAGCGCUAAAGUCUGUCACCGCCUUCUUCACCUGGUUACGAGAGGCUGAGGAGGAGUCUGAGGAUAAUUGACAUAAGCAGGUGGCCAACGCCCGGAGGCCCCCUAAUGACAUGAACAGUGAACUGCAACUAAAAAAGAUUAGCCAUAGACAUACUUUACUCCUGCAGACACAGAAACAGCCAGUGUUCUGCACUAUGACUUUGAAACACUUGGACGUCUUGAGCUGAAGCCUUCUACAACAUGGAGCAAAUGCUAAAUACUUGUAUCAUAUAUAUAGAAAAUAUUUUUUUUUUUUAAAGUUUGACAUUUGUUUCUUUUAAAAGAAGAGACUUAAAUAGGUUCUGAACUCUUUAAUUUAUUUUUAUUUUUUUUAAAAGACCGCAAAUAUGAAGUUCUAUUUAUAAUUUGCAGGCAAGAAGAACAUUGAUAGAAAUAACAGAAUAAACCUGUUGCAUAACAAUAAUAUGCAUUUUGUUUAAUUGUAUAAGCAGCCAACCUGGAUUUCAUCUGAUUCACCUUAAAACAGGGUAAAGAUUUUGCCUCCAAAUGAAUAAAAAAAAUAAAAUGUUGCCAGAAGGGGAUGAGACUGCUAAUAUUUCUGAUGUUUCAAGCUACCUAGUGAAACGUCUGUCACUAAUCCUUCUGCUUUAGGCUUGCUCAAUGAACUUUCCAAAUACCAAGACAAAGAGAAUAAAAAUGUAUAUGCAUCUUGCAAGGAAUACAAAUUAUUGACAGCUUUCAAUCAACAUCUAAUUACCUGUAUGCAUUGAAGGUGAAAUGCAAGCACUCAUGCAAGUCAGAACAGUGCCAGGAUUGCUCAGUGUUCUUGUAAUGAAGACCUGCAGAGGAAAUGUAAAGCUUGUACAUACAUUAAACAUGGGAAAAAGAGAUGACACUAUGCUGUUUGUUUGUCGAGGGAUGU